UUCCGCCCGGCGCCAAGAUGGCGGCGCCCUUUGUCUGGUCGGUGUCACGGUGAGCGGCGGGGGCGGCGAUGGGAGGCCCCCGCCGGGCCCGGCGUGGCAGGAUGGCUGUGUAGAGACUGACCUGAGCACCAGGAAGGGGGAAGAGCCACAACCGUCUGUCCCGCAGCCUCACUCCUCUGUCCCUCCUGGCAGCACAGGGCCAUGGAUUUCCCCCAGCACAGCAAACAAGUCCUGGAACAGCUGAACCAGCAGCGGCAGCUGGGUUUGCUUUGUGACUGCACCUUUGUGGUGGAUGGCAUCGACUUCAAGGCUCACAAAGCUGUCCUGGCAGCCUGCAGUGAGUACUUCAGGAUGCUUUUUGUUGACCAGAAGGACGUGGUGCACCUUGACAUCAGCAAUGCAGCAGGCCUGGGUCAGGUUCUGGAGUUCAUGUACACAGCUAAGCUAAGCCUAAACCCUGACAACGUGGAGGACGUGCUGGCUGUGGCAGGAUUCCUGCAGAUGCAGGAGAUUGUCAGCGCUUGCAACGCUCUCAAGUCCCUGACGGUGCCAGCAGCAAACGCCGCCGAGAGCCCGCAGCCCCCCGCCGAGGUCGAGGCUGCCAAGGUGACUGUGGAGGACAAGACAGCAGCAGCACAAGCACUAGAUGAUGCUGACAAAACCAAACCAGCUGCUCCUGAGCUGGAGGUGAAGGAAGAGGCGCCUGUGGCCGCGACAGCGUGGCCCGAGGCACAGCCAGAGCAGCCAGCUGGCCCCGAAGGGCCAGAUGGUGGCAUCCAGGAGGACCCUGACGCCGCGUGCCCCAUCCCCCCGGCACAGAGCGCGGCCGACAGCAGCAGCGCCACGGCCAAGGGCAGCAGCGGCACGGGAGAGACCGAGCUGGAGGGGAAGGAGGAAGAGGGGGAGGUGACAGUGGAGGAGGAAGACGAGACUAAACCCCCCGAGGAAGAGCAGCCUGGCUUAGCAAACGGAGACCAGGCUGAGGACAACGAAUCGGGCAGCGGCGACUCGGGGCAGGAGAGCUGCGGGGAGCCGCGGCUGCUGCGCUCGGGCACUUACAGCGACAGGACCGAGUCCAAAGCCUACGGCUCCGUCACCCACAAGUGCGAGGACUGCGGCAAGGAGUUCACCCACACCGGCAACUUCAAGCGCCACAUCCGCAUCCACACCGGCGAGAAGCCCUUCUCCUGCAGGGAGUGCAGCAAGGCCUUCUCUGACCCUGCUGCCUGCAAGGCCCACGAGAAAACACACAGCCCGCUGAAGCCGUACGGCUGCGAGGAGUGUGGCAAGAGCUACCGGCUGAUCAGCCUCCUGAACCUGCACAAGAAGCGGCACACGGGGGAGGCCAAGUACCGCUGCGACGACUGCGGCAAGCUCUUCACCACCUCCGGCAACCUGAAGCGGCACCAGCUGGUGCACAGCGGGGAGAAGCCCUACCAGUGCGACUACUGCGGCCGCUCCUUCUCCGACCCCACCUCCAAAAUGAGGCACCUGGAGACCCACGACACCGACAAGGAGCACAAGUGCCCCCACUGCGACAAGAAGUUCAACCAGGUGGGGAACUUGAAGGCUCAUUUGAAGAUCCACAUCGCGGACGGGCCCCUGAAGUGUCGGGAAUGUGGCAAACAGUUCACCACUUCAGGGAACCUGAAGCGGCACCUGCGCAUCCACAGCGGGGAGAAGCCCUACGUCUGCGUCCACUGCCAACGCCAGUUCGCUGACCCCGGCGCGCUGCAGAGACACGUCCGCAUCCACACCGGAGAGAAGCCCUGCCAGUGCUUGAUCUGUGGCAAAGCCUUCACCCAGGCGAGCUCGCUCAUCGCCCACGUCCGCCAGCACACGGGGGAGAAGCCCUACGUGUGUGAGCGCUGUGGGAAGAGGUUUGUUCAGUCGAGCCAACUGGCCAACCACAUCCGGCACCACGACAACAUCCGACCCCACAAAUGCACCGUCUGCAACAAAGCCUUUGUCAACGUGGGCGACCUCUCCAAGCACAUCAUCAUCCACACAGGGGAGAAGCCUUUCCUGUGUGAUAAGUGUGGUCGAGGCUUCAACAGGGUGGACAACCUGCGUUCUCACGUCAAGACGGUGCAUCAGGGCAAAGCUGGCAUCAAAAUCCUCGAGCCUGAGGAAGGGGAUGAGGUCAAUAUAGUCACUGUGGCUUCUGAUGACAUGGUGACACUGGCCACCGAGGCGCUGGCUGCUACCGCUGUCACGCAGCUCACGGUGGUGCCCGUGGCAGCCGCCGUGACCGCGGAUGAGACCGAAGCCCUGAAAGCCGAGAUCACCAAAGCGGUGAAGCAAGUGCAGGAAGCAGACCCCAACACGCAGAUCCUUUACGCCUGCGAUUCGUGCGGGGAGAAGUUCCUGGACGCCAGCAGCCUGGCGCAGCACGUCCGCAUCCACACGGCGCAGGCGCUCGUCAUGUUCCAGGCCGACACGGACUUUUACCAGCACUACGGCCCCGCCGCCGCCGCCUGGCAGGCGGAGCAGGUGCUGCCGGCCGCCGAGCUGCUGUUCCGCGCCCGCGACGCGGCCCCCGAGCCCCCCGCCGCCCCCCUGGCGCCCGCAGCCCCGCCCGGCGACGGCCAAACGCCCCCCGAGUGACUCCCCUUCGCCUUUAUUUAACAGAGCUGCUUGGAGCUGGUGUAUAAAGUGUAUUUCUGAAGGAGACAAAGAGAGAAUAAAUUGCAAUAUUUUCUAA